GUWCCUACAACACUGGCCCUAAUAUUAAUUACAUACCUAGUUUAAUAAGAAUAAAUAUCGAUAUUUUUGAUGAGAAAAUUGUAAAAAAACAAUAAAAUAGAUACAUUGAGUACUUGUUUAUAAUAUUGCUUACUGCUAUAAUUUGUAKUCAUACAUCGUAUAUUAUAUAACUUUUUUUAAUUUAAAAAAAAAACAAUAUGAGUCUUAACCGUGUUUCAUGUAGGUUUCUAAAAAACUCUAUUGGAAUACAGAAAAAUAUCAGAAGUUUUGGUUGCACUAAUCACCGAGCAUUGAGAUUUGUUCAAUACAGAGAUGGUUGUGAUCGAGGGCUGGGUAUCCAGUUGAAAGACGGUGAAUCAUUAGUGAGCUUGAGUGAUGUAGAUCCAACUAUUCCCGUUGAUAUGGUAUCGUUUUUACACAGUGAAUACUCAAUUGAAAGAAUUGAAAAGAUAGUUAAAGAAAAAAAGAAAGUUUUUCAGUUGAAUCAGAUUGAAUUACUACCGUGUAUUACAAAACCAGAUAAAGUAAUAUGUGUUGGGUUGAAUUAUAAAGGUCACUGUGAUGAACAAAAUAAACCAUAUCCCAUAGAGCCAUUUUUUUUUUCAAAAUUUCCAAGUACAAUUAUUGGCCCAAAUGAUGCUGUAAGGCAUUCACCAAAAUCAAAAGCACUAGAUUGGGAAGUAGAAAUGGCUGUAGUCAUUGGAAGUACAUGUAAGAAUGUAGAUAUUGAUGAUGCAUUCAAAUAUGUAUUUGGAUACACUAUUGCUCAAGAUAUAUCAGCAAGAGAUUGGCAAAAAACUAGAAAUAAUGGACAGUGGUUGAUUGCAAAAAGUAUGGAUACAUUUUGUCCUUUGGGAUCAGUGUUGGUUCACAAAAAUGAAAUUCCUGAUCCACACAUACUUCAAAUAAAAUGUUCAAUUAACGGCGUCAUGAAACAAAGCGGUUCAACUGAAGAACUGAUUCACAGAGUUGAUAAACUAGUUUCAUUUUUGUCGAAGUAAAUACAAUACAUAAUUYUAAUAAUACU